GUGGCAGGGGAAGCCCGGCCCCCGCUGGCUCACGCGAGGCCCGUCUCCAGCGCACGCGGAGGAGGCACCCGGGACAUGGAGGAGUUCCGGCGCUCCUACAGCCGCCUGUGCAGGGAGAGUGGGGCUGAGCCCCAGGAGGCUGUCCUGCAGCAGCUGCACCAGCUUCCGAGGGGCCGGCUGGACCUGGCCACGCAGAGCCUGACAGUGGACACCUGCAGGGCCCUGGGCAAGCUGCUGCAGAGCGAGGCGCUGUGCAUAGAGCUCAUCCUGAGUGACUGCAUGCUGAGCGACGAAGGAGCCACGCUGCUGCUCCGAGGGCUGUGCACCAACACUGUCGUGCGGCUCCUGGACCUAAAGGGCAAUAACCUCCGAGCUGCAGGUGCCGAGGCUCUGGGAAAACUCCUGCGACAGAACAAGUCCAUUCAGAGCCUUACCCUGGAGUGGAACAACUUGGGCGCGUGGGAAGAUGCCUUCGCCACCUUCUGCGGGAGCCUGGCGGCCAAUGGCGCCCUGCAGCAGCUGGACCUCCGCAACAACCAGAUCAGCCACAAGGGUGCAGAGGAGCUGGCCCUGGCCCUGAAGGGCAACACCAGCCUCCAGCAGCUGGACCUGCGCUGGAAUAACAUUGGCCUCCUGGGGGGCCGGGCCCUGGUGAGCUGUCUCUCCAGCAACAGAACACUGUGGAGGCUGGAUCUGGCUGGGAACAACGUCCCUGGCGAUGUCCUCAGAGCCGUGGAACAAGCCAUGGACCACAACCAGGACCGGCAUACCACAUUCCGGGAGAACCAGGCCCGCACCCACGUCCUCAGCAAGGAGGUCCAGCAUCUCCGGGAGGAGAAGUCCAAGCAGUUUCUGGACUUGAUGGAGACGAUCGAUAAGCAGCGGGAAGAGAUGGCCAAGAGCAGCAGGGCGUCAGCAGCCAGGGUGGGGCAGCUUCAAGAAGCCCUGAACGAGAGGCACUCCAUCAUCAACGCCCUCAAGGCCAAGCUACAGAUGACCGAGGCUGCCCUUGCUCUGUCGGAGCAGAAAGUCCAGGACCUGGGGCAGCUCCUGGCCACAGCAGAGCAGGAGCAGCUGAGUCUGUCACAGAAGCAGGCCAAGGAGCGCAAGCUGGAGCAGCAGGAAGCUGCAGAGCGGGAGUCUAAGCUCCUCCGAGACUUGUCUGCUGCCAGUGAGAAGAACCUGCUUCUGCGGAACCAGGUGGACGAGUUGGAGCGGAAGGUGAAAUCUCAGCAGGAGCAGCUGUUCCUGACCAGGCAGGAGCUGACCAACACGUCGGCCGAGCUGAAGAUGCGGGCCGUCCAGGCUGAGGAGCGCCUGGAUAUGGAGAAGAGGAGAUCUAAGCAGAGCCUGGAGGAUGCAGAAAACCUGCGUUUCAAGGAGGUGGAGCAUAUGACCCGCCACCUGGAGGAAAGUGAGAGGGUCAUGCAGGAGAGGGUGCAGAGGCUGGAGGCCAUGCGGCUGUCCCUGGAGGAGGAGCUGAGCCGAGUGAAGGCAGUGGCUCUCACCGAGCGCGGCCAGGCUGAGGAGGAGCUCAUCAAGGCCAAGAGCCAGGCCCGCCUGGAGGAGCAGCAGCGCCUGGCUCACCUGGAGGAGAAGCUGCGGCUGCUGGCACAGGCUCGGGACGAGGCCCAGGGCGCGUGCCUGCAGCAGAAGCAGACGGUGGCCGAGGCCCAGGCCAGGGCCAGCCAGCUCAGCCUGCAGGUGGAGGGCCUGCGGCGGCGCCUGGAGGAACUGCAGCAGGAGCUGAGCAACAAGGACCAGGAAAAGGUGGCUGAGGUGACCAGGGUGCGGGUGGAGCUGCAGGAGCAGAACGGCCGUCUGCAGGCAGAGCUGACGGCCCAGGAGGCGCUGAGGGAGAAGGUGGCGGCCCUGGAGCGCCAGCAGAAGGUGAUCGCGAGCGACCACCGGGAGGCGCUGCUGGACAGAGAGAGCGAGAACGCGUCCCUGCGGGAGAGGCUGCGGCUCAAGGAGGCCGAGAUCGCCCGCAUCCGGGACGAGGAGGCCCAGAGGGCCAGCUUCCUGCAAAACGCCGUCCUGGCCUAUGUGCAGGGGUCCCCUCUGAGGGCCCUCAGCCCCCCAAAGUGAGGGAGGCAGGAGGCCCCGGAGCAGUGGGGCGCGGCAUCUGACAGUGCCCGGGGAUGGACUAACCGGGGACAGGCGUUCGCUGCGGCGCGGGGCGGCCGCGCCCAAAGUCGGUGCCUGCUGGGACCGCGCCGCUCGCCCCCGGGUGCCCGGCUGGCCGGCCUCUUCCCCACUGCUGCGUCCGAGUCCCAGGGGACGACGUGCCUUCGCGGGAGGAGGGAGGCGCGGCGCCAGCGUGUUCUGUCCCCGCCGUGUACAGCGCCCCGCCCCGCCAGCGCGCGGGUCUGGAAAUACAUAACUUUGU